AUGAAAGCAUGGUUUCUGGAUAAGGCUCAAAAUGACGAAGCCGUCGAAUAUCUCGUGAGCCACCAAAUCGCAUCCGGCCUGUCAUACGGCGUGUUUGACAAGGAGUACAAAUUCAACCGCCCCCAGUCCGCCCCGAGUGGAGGGGCGCUUUGCUGGGACGCAGAGGAGGAACAGGAUGGCAACGUUGUGCCGUUUCCUGAUGUUAAGCAGGCUCUGACUCAAAUUUAUAUCCAUCUACAAUAACCAAGUACGCUACCACUCGCAUGCCAACAAUGCUUCAGUUAUAAUAUAGCGGGUGAUUAUGUCUGUAGGCCAUGCAUGAGGUAUACAGACAACUCUAGCUGACUAUCGUCUACUUUGGCUUAUGCAGCCCUAUCCUUUCUAUUGAGGAUUAUCGAAUCAAUAACUUUGUUCUAGUUCGUUAAUGAUAGUCAAGUUAGUCAAGUAGUUAGUUAAAUGCCCCUAGGCUUAUUCCAG